AUGCUUCCUCGAAAAAGGACAGCUUGGGCGACCUCUCAUCAACAGCCUACAGUACUUCCCCGAGCUGGAUACUAUCUACCGAGACCGAGGGCAUUCGGCAUUUCCCGAGCCUCCACGCUUCUGCAUCUUUUGUUUACCUACAGUACCUACAUGCACGCUGUGCCUCCCCUCCCUUCCUCGUCCGAACCUCCAUCUCAUGCCUGGGCCGUCUCAUCCUUUCGAACCCAUCCCCACCGCCGUCAACUUCUCUUAAUACUGUACUGUACUGACCGCUUCCUUAUCUUAGUUCCUGUCUCUCUCUCCAUGUUUGACUCUCAAUCAGUCCACAGCCGUGUCUCGGCAAGAAGCUUGGAAGGCAUUCUAUCCAUGCAACCGCUUUCUCGGCAUCGUCAGAUUCGUCACAUCUCCUCAUCCAAACCUCUGAUACCUCCGAGACAUUUCGAGACGUUCUCCGGAUAUCAAGCCUUCGACACAUUCCACACGUGGCCUGAAAUGCCAAACCCCUUUUAA